CUAACUUCUACAUGGGCAUGAACCAUCAUCUUGUCAAUUCUGCCUACCCCCCAAACGACGCCCCUGUUCAGCAGGAAGCAGUCUAGGAGACUCAUCGCCCCCUCCUAACAAGUAAAGGCAGGCAACACAGGUACGCCCACAGGGUCCAAUUCUUGGCCUGGAGCUGCAAGGUACCGAAACGCAUGCGCAGAGAAGUCCAUUGCGCAUGCACAUACCUCCUCCCGCCGCGAGGGGGCGCCCGCGACUCUCGUGCCACUCUAGGCCGUGCUUCCGGCGUUGAGUAGAUCUCCCAUGGUUCCGCCCGGCUCGGGUCCUUCCGCCACAGCAACCAUUGAAAAAGAGUAGCCCUCCUCUCCGCUUUCCUCAGCCAUGGCCCUCCGCUAUCCCAUGGCCGUGGGCCUCAACAAGGGCCACAAGGUGACUAAGAAUGUGAGCAAACCGAGGCACAGCCGCCGCCGCGGACGUCUCACCAAACACACCAAGUUCGUGCGGGACAUGAUCCGGGAAGUGUGCGGCUUCGCCCCCUAUGAGCGGCGCGCCAUGGAGCUGCUCAAGGUCUCCAAGGACAAGCGCGCCCUCAAGUUCAUCAAGAAAAGAGUGGGGACGCACAUCCGCGCCAAGAGGAAGCGUGAGGAGCUGAGCAACGUGCUGGCCGCCAUGAGGAAGGCAGCUGCCAAGAAGGACUGA